AGGAGCCGAGCACCCUCCCUCCCCUCUAAUCGGAUUCCUUGUAAGUGAAGCUCACUCACUCUCUGAGGACCAGACCUCACUGAUGACUGGGAAGCAAAGAGUACCCAGGAAAGCACUUUUACCACGGACUCCACCUCAGGAGCACCAGGAACUCGUCUUCUAAGUAAAAUCUGUGCCCCUUCUGUGCAGACCUGAUGUCUGCUGCAAUGGAUACAGAAUCGACAUAUUCGGGAUACUCCCACUACUCAGGUCACUCCAAAAAAGCCCACAGACAAGGUCGGGACAGGCACAAAUCGCCGCGAAGCAAAGAUGGCAGUCGGUCUGAGAAGUCGGUCACUAUCCAGGCACCUCCUGCAGAGCCGCUGCUUGGGAACGAUGCCUCUCGGGCAGAGGAGGGCCAGGAUGACAACUGGGGUGAGACCACGACAGCAAUCACAGGCACCUCUGAGCACAGUAUUUCCCAGGAGGACAUUGCCCGGAUCAGUAAGGAUCUGGAGGACAGCGUUGGGUUGGACUGCAAACGUUACCUGGGCUUAACAGUGGCAGCUGUUCUCGGACUCCUUGUCUUCCUUACCCCCAUCGCCUUCAUUCUGUUACCCCAGAUCCUGUGGCGGGAUGAUCUGGAGCCGUGUGGUACUGUCUGUGAGGGACUGUUCAUCUCUGUGGCGUUUAAACUCCUCAUUCUUCUGAUUGGGACCUGGGCUCUGUUUUUCCGCCAGCCCAAGGCAGAUAUACCAAGGGUGUUUGUGUUUCGGGCCCUUCUGUUGGUCCUCAUAUUCCUGUUUGUGUUUUCCUACUGGCUCUUUUAUGGCGUUCGCAUCUUGGACUCGAAGGACACCAACUACCAAGGAAUAGUGCAGUACGCAGUGUCUCUGGUGGAUGCUCUGCUCUUCAUUCACUACCUGGCCAUUGUUCUGCUGGAGCUACGGCAGCUGCAGCCCAUGUUCACUCUCAAGGUAGUUCGGUCAACGGAUGGAGAGUCGCGAUACUACAGCUUGGGGCACUUGAGCAUCCAGCGAGCUGCACUGGUGGUUCUGGAAAAUUACUACAAAGAUUUCACAGUCUACAACCCAGCCUUGUUAACAGCCUCCAAAUCCCGUGCAGCCAAGCACAUGGCUGGCCUGAAAGUCUACAAUGUUGAUGAAACUCUUGGCAGGGAGAGAACGAGUAACAACGCGUCGGGGCAGUCCCGUGCCAUGAUUGCAGCUGCAGCCCGUCGCAGGGACUCCAGUCACAAUGAGCUCUACUACGAAGAGGCCGACCACGAGCGCCGAGUGAAAAAACGCCGUGCAAGGCUUGUGGUUGCAGUAGAGGAGGCUUUCACUCACAUCAAACGCCUCCAGGCAGAGGAACAGCAGAAAGCUCCAGGAGAGAUGAUGGACCCCCGAGAAGCAGCCCAGGCAAUCUUCCCCUCCAUGGCAAGAGCUCUGCAGAAGUACCUUCGCACCACCCGCCAGCAACAGUACCACAGCAUGGAGAGCAUCUUGCAACACUUGUCCUUCUGCAUCACCAAUAACAUGACACCAAAGGCAUUCCUGGAGCGUUACCUCAACCCGGGCCCAACCCUCCAGUACGACAGGGAUCGCUGGUUCUCCAAGCAGUGGACGCUUGUCAGCGAGGAAGCAGUCACAAGCGGGUUACAAGACGGCAUUGUGUUUGUCCUCAAGUGCUUGGACUUCAGCCUUGUUGUUAAUGUGAAGAAAAUCCCCUUCAUCAAACUCUCAGAAGAGUUCAUAGACCCUAAAUCUCAUAAAUUUGUCCUCCGCUUACAGUCUGAGACUUCAGUCUAAGGGAUUUUGAGGGUGGGUUGUUUGGGGAUUUUUUUUUUUUUCAAUAUUGUGCUUUUGGGUUUUAUUUCCCCAAUGCUGACUGA